GGGAUGGCUCAAAGAACAGUCUUGGUCACAGGUUGUUCCUCUGGGAUUGGCUUGGCCAUCGCAAAUGAACUAGCCAGGGAUGAAAAAAAGCGAUUUCUGGUCUAUGCCACCAUGCGAAAUUUGGACAAACGGAGAGAUCUUGUGGAUAUUGCUGGAAGUGCACUGGGAAAAACGCUGGAGAUUAAACAGCUGGAUGUUUGCAGUGAAAAAUCUAUCCAAGACUGCGUCAACAGUAUCCCCAACAGGAAAAUCGAUAUACUCGUCAGCAAUGCUGGAAUGGGGAUGAUUGGACCCAUUGAGUGCCAGACCUUGGAUGAGAUGAAGACAGUUAUGGACACUAACUUCUUCGGACUUGUUAGACUCCUUAAAGAAAUUUUGCCCGACAUGAAAAGGAGGAAGAGGGGCCACAUCGUGGUGAUCAGUAGUGUCAUGGGCAUUCAAGGGAUAUUGUUCAAUGAUGUCUAUGCUGCCUCAAAAUUUGCAGUGGAAGGAUUUUGUGAAAGUUUGGCGAUCCAGGCCAUCAAAUUCAAACUGAACAUAACUCUGAUCGAACCUGGUCCUGUGGUCACUGAGUUUGAAAAGAAGGUUUAUGAAGAAGGAAUGAAAAUCGAUUUGUCUGCCGCAGACCAAGAAACGAGGGACAUGUUCACAAACAUUUACUUGCAAAACUAUAAGGAAAUAUUCUCAAGCCUGGGACAAAGUGCAGAUCAAGUGGCUGAGCAUACAAUGAAGAUCAUCCUGUCAGAGAACCCACCGUUCCGUCACCAAACAAACACCCUUUAUACCCCCAUGACAACUCUGAAGUAUGCAGAUCCUACUGGAGAUCUCCCCAUUGACACCUUCUACAAGAUGGUCUUCCAUCAUGACAAGGUCUUCCAUGCCAGCCUCAAUUUUAUUAAAUUGCUAAGGUGGAGAAGCAGGAAGAGUUUUAAUCUAGGUAAAGCAAGCAGUAAGAAGUAGCCAUAUUCGCCGCAGCAAUGGAAAAGCUAGUAGGCAUCUCUUGUUAAUGUUAGUUCUUAGCUGAAUCUGCUUUUUAAAUUUAUUGAGUUACAGUGUGGAAUAGUCACACCGCUCAGCAGUCACCCGAUCUAAUCUUAAUCAUGGGACAAUUUACAACAACCUACCAACCGGUACAUCUUUGGACUGUGGGAGGAAACCAGAGCACCCAGAAGAAACCUACGUGGUCACAGGGAGAACGUAGAGACUCCUUACAGGCAAUGGCGGGAAUCGAACUCAGAUUGCUGUACUCCACACUACCAUACCAGCUUUGUAAUACAGGCUUGAGGGAAUUGCCUCUACAGUAAAGUGUGAUGCAGCUUCUCCAGAAGUGUUCGAAUGACUAACCACAUUUAAAGAAGUGAGGGAAAUUCGGGGAAGUCCUUAGACUUCUCACCUGCAGUGUUCGUAGUCCCACCCCUCCAUGGGAAGGAGUCCUGAUCUUUGGGCUCAGGGUCGACGGCAGUGAGUGAAGAGCCUAAACAGACUGGAGCUCCAGUUUCCGAGUGGGUAAUUAGAUCGAAUCACAGUGUUGGGAAAAAGAACUAAUGAACCUAGACUCUGAAAUUGUCACUGUCCUUCAUAGAGCAUGGAACAGUACAACACAAGGACAGGCCCGUUGCCCCAUGAUGUCUGCUUUGAGCACAAUGCUGAAUUAAAUUCAUGCAUCUAUCUAAAAUCCUCUUAAACUCUGUUAUCUGCUUCCCCCAGCAGACCAUUCCAGCCAACUACCACACUUUGUGUAAAAAAAAAUUCUCUUGCUUAUCUUGGUCAUUGAGCCAUAAACACUACAGCACAGAAACAAGCCCUUCGGCCCAUCUAGUCUGCUCCAAACCAUUAAUCUGCCUCAUCCCAUCGACCUGCACCCGGACCAUAGCCCUCCAUACCCCUUCCAUCUAUGUAGCUAUCCAAAUUUCUUCUAAAUGUUGAAAUCAACCUGCACCUACCACUUAUGCUAUCAGCUUGUUCCACACUCUCACCACCCUAUGAGUGAAGAAGUCACCCCUCACGUUCUCCUUAAACAUUUCACCUUUCACCCUUAACCCAUGACCUCUAGUUCUUGUCUCACCUAACCUCAGUGGAAAAAGCCUGUUUGUGUUUACCCUAUCUAUAUCCCUCAUAAUUUUGAAUAUCUCUACCAAAUCUCCCCUCAAUCUUCUGUGUUCUAGGGAAUAAAGUCCAAACAUUUCAAAUUUUCCCUAUAACUCAGGUCCUUAAGUCCAGGCAACAUGCUUGCAAACCUCACAUUUGUCUGCAUUAAAUUUCAUCUGCCAUUUUUCAGCCUAUUUUUCCAGAUAGUUCAGAUCUCGCUGCAAGCUUUGGUGGUCUUCCUCACUGUCCAUUACACACACAAUCCUGCUGUCAUCUGCAAUUUUGCUGAUCUAGUUUAACACAUUAUCAUCCAGAUCUUUGUUAUAGGUGACUAGCAAUGAUGGACUCAGCACCGAUCCCUGCGGCACUCCACUAGUCACAGGCCUCCAGUUAGAGAGGCAACCAUCUACUACCACUCUCUGACUUCUCCCACAAAGCUAAUGUCUAAUCCAAUUUACUAACUCAUCUUGACUGCCGAGUGACUGAACCUUCUUGAUCAAUCUCCCAUGUGGGGCCUUGUCAAAAGCCUUGCUAAAGUUCAUGUAGAUAACAGCCUUUACCUUGCCUUCAUCAUCCUUCCUGGUCACUCCUUUGAAAAACUCCAUAGAAUUGACUUACCAUGCACAAAGCCAUGCUGACUAUCCUUAAUCAGUCCCCAUCUAUCCAAAUACUUAUAUACCAAGCCCAUUAGAAUGCCUUCCAGUAACUUACCCACUACAGAUGUCAGGCUCACCUUCCUAUAACUUCCUGGUUUAUUCUUACAGCCUUUCUUAAACAAUGGAACACUUUAGCUAUCCUCCAAUCCUCCGGCAUCUCACCCAUGGUGAAGGAUGUUUGAAAUAUCCCUGCUAGGGCCUCUUCAAUUUCUGCACUAGCCUUCACAGGGUUGGCGGGACCACCUUGUCUGGCUCUGGGGAUUUAUCCACUCUAAUUUGCCUCAAGACAGCAAACACCUCCUCCUCUGUAAUCUGCAUGACCAUGUUGAUGCAUUGGCUCACAUCUGUGUUCAUCUCCCGAGUACAUACAUGUAACUCUCGCUUUGGCUAGCAGCUUAAUAUAGGGGGUGAUAGCCCUUGGCCCGGCCAAACUUAAGAAAUAUCAUUUGGGUGGAUGCUGCACGAUGUGUCCCCUGUUAUAAAUCAGUACCCUGAAAUAACAAACAGUACACAAUAUGUGAUUAAACGAGUAAGCUUUAUAAUUCUUACUUUGACUAUACGGUUAGUAAAGAAAAUGAAAAAAAAAGAAGGGCCCAAUUUUAUGAAACAGUCUAUUGCACAAUGUUGGAGCUCACUGAUAAACCUAUUGUCCACCAUCGACCUCCUCCGACCAUCGCUGCCUUUGGACCCUCGCUCCAAGUCCACCCCGUCUGGCAGUCUACCAACUCUCUCCAUUCGCGUCUUCUCUCCUCAUCUCUCCCCAGCAAAAGACCGCGAAAAUCUCUCUUCCAGACUCACAAGAAAGAACAACAGCAUUCCUAACCCCAUUAUCUCCAACCAUAACCCAAAAAUUGCUGCUAUGGAGAAACCAUUACAUUAUCAAUGUGUAAGGGGUUUCUUCUUCUAUGUUACUGCUAGGGCUAGUAAAAUGGCUUCUUUGUUAUGUUAUAAUAAAAUGGCUUCUCUGUAAUGUUAACUGCUGAGUUAACGGUAGCAGCUUGUUUGGGUUAUAAUUACUGAUAACAAGAAUUGUAUUAAUUUGCUAACCAAUUGGGAUAAAUGUUACUCUUUCUUGUGUGUCUGUAAGCUAUUGUUUUCACGGGCUUUGGGGACAGAGAAAGGAGACGCGAUGCUGUAAGAUGGGUGAGGAACGGACUCCAAGCAGGAGUCCGAGGCCCAGGGUCUUCGGCGAGGAGAGGAGACGAGGACAGACUCAUGUGGAACGUUUGGUCAACCACCAAGGGUGGUACCAUUCGAGAGUCGGU